CAAGGCUGAUUAGAGGCUGUUAAAGUUUCACCACGUCCCCACCUUUCUACAGCUGCCACAGUGUCCACACACAGAGGGAAGCCAUGGACUCUGAGUACUUCAGAUCUUAUGACAUGUGCUGGGGAACCCUGGGAACCGUGCGACCCUUCCCCAACUUCCACCCCGACCGGGACGCCGCUGAGAUCCAGAUGGCACUGGAGAAGAAAGAUGCGGUGAAUCUGGUGAGAAUCCUGACCAAUCGCAGUAACGCUCAGAGACAGGUCAUUGCCAAAACCUUCCUGACCCUGACCGAGAAGGACCUGGCAUCUGCUGUGAAGAAGGCUUUGUCGGGAGAGCUGGAGACUCUCCUGCUGGCACUGCUGAUAACCCCACAGCAACAUGAUGCUCAGCGCCUGCGACUGGCCAUGGAGGGUUUAGGCACAGAUGAGGAAACACUGCUAGAGAUCCUGUGUACAAGAUCUAGCCUGCAACUUAAGGAAAUCAACACCGCCUACAGUGGAUUGUAUAAGAAGGAACUACUGAAGGACUUGAAAGGAGAAACCAGUGGAGACUUUGCUAAGCUUAUUGUGGCUUUGCUAAAUAAAGAAAAAAUUUCCGGUGUGGUGCAAAGAGACAUUGAGACUCUAUCUGCUUCACUAAAUGGAAAAAAAGCUGACGCUGAGCCAUGGAUCAACAUACUGACCUCUAGAGACUCUGACCAUCUUAACAAAGUGCUGAUGGGACUGGAGCUGGAGACGGGACAGAUGGUGGAGCAGGCUCUGCAGAAACGAUUCAGUGGAGACUUCGGACUGGGCCUGAAAGUUUUAGUGCAGUGCAUCCAAAACCCGUAUCUCUACCUCGCCCAAAGACUACAGACCAUGAAGACGCCAAUAGUGCAGGGUAUUAUGGUGUCUCACUGUGAAGAAGACCUGCUGUGUGUCCGAGCUGCCUACCUUAAACACACCGGCACGUCACUCUACACUGCUCUGCAGGUCAGAACAAAAACAGUUUAAGGGAGAACAUCUACAGGCUCUGUUGGCGAUCUGUCGAUCUGAAGAUUAAACAGCUUUGUUCAAAAUCUACAAAGAUUUAAUGUCUAUAUGUUAUUGUUUUCUUGCUUUUUUUUAAACCAUUAUUUACAGUUUAUUGCUGCCUGUAUCAGUUGAUAUUCAUACAAAAAUAAAGUUACUGUUACAUUA